AUGAAUAUCAACGAACCUGUCCAAGGGAAAGCCUUUGCGCUUCCCUUCACCAAGGCCGCCAACCCCAAUGCCAACCUCACCGAUUCAGAUCUUCGUAUGCCUUAUAUAAGCCGCGUUCCAGAUAACGUCCGCAACCACUUCAUCGCCAUGUGCGGAGAGUUUGUCGGCACCGUCCUCUUUCUAUACUUCGCCUUAUCCGGCGCGCAAGUCGCAAAUAGUAUACCUUCAUCCGGAGGCCAGACAGUAGCGGAGGCAGGUAGCAACCCUCAGCAGCUGCAAUACAUUGCACUCUGCUUUGGCUUCUCACUUGCUGUAAAUGCUUGGGUCUUCUUCAGAAUCAGUGGUGGUUUGUUCAAUCCGGCCGUUACGUUCGGCAUGUGCCUGAUUGGCGCACUCCCCUGGGUUCGUGGUGGCCUUUUGUUCGUCACUCAAAUUCUUGGUGGUAUGGCUGCGGCUGGUUUGGUCCAGUGCAUGUUUCCAGGUGACCUGAACGUUCGAACUACCCUCGGUGGUAACACCAGCGUCGUACAAGGUCUGUUCAUUGAAAUGUUCCUCACUGCACAGUUGGUCUUCACGAUUUUCAUGUUGGCAGCUGAGAAGCACAAGGGUACCUUUAUCGCACCAGUCGGUAUUGGUCUUGCACUGUUCGUCACAGAGUUAUCUGGAGUGUACUUCACUGGUGGAUCACUAAACCCUGCACGCUCGUUUGGCCCUGCUAUCGUCAACCUGGAGUUCACUUCUUAUCACUGGAUCUAUUGGCUUGGACCCAUCCUCGGAUCAAUUAUUGCGGCCGGGUUUUACAAGUUCAUCAAAAUCCUAGAAUACGAGACGGCCAACCCAGGUCAGGACAUGGACCACGCUGCCAAGAUCGAGAAGAAGAAGAACCUAUUGCUUGCCGCUGGUAUCAACGAGUACGAUGCCCACCAGGUCGCUACAGAGCUUACUGAAAAGGCCGCUGUUGCUGAGGCUGGCGGUCCGGACGGUGGAGUCGUUGCCAAUGGUCAGGGUCGACGUAGUCAAGAGAUCAGUCCUGGCAUGUACGGCACACAGUUCCGCUCCAACUCAGACAUUAGCGACAAGCGCGGCUCUGGUAGCUCGCAAUCAGGAUUUGUACAGCCACAACGCCCUACGGCUGCGACUACAAGUAGUCAGAUCGGGAGGUUCAGCUACCUGGGUAGCCGUGGCGCGGUACCCGGCAACUCUGCACAAGUCCACGCAUUGAGAGCGGAAACGAGGCAGGAUAGCCCCGCCAUGACGACGAACGAUGAGCUUUACGCUCCCCUACAGCAUGGCGUUGAUGUACCUCUUGGAGGUGCUGUUCUCGAGGCUGAACCUAGACAAAGGCUCAACAGGACACCGUCUAGCUUCGCAUAA